CCACGAUUGAAAAUAUCGAUUGUCCCGUAAAGUGAAGGAGGUCGCCAUUACUUGUUCUGUUAAGCCGUUCGAUAACUGAUGAAGGCACAGCAGAUGAUCCAAACGUAGCUACUUUUAGUUUAUUAUCCUGUGAUAUUCCGUGGGUACUGCCAAAUCUGGUGAAAUGUUGCCGGUCAAAUAUGCAUGGAAUAUUAUCUUUUCAAGUCUUAUCGUCACAGUUUCCGAAAGCGCUCAGGGGCGUUUAGCGGUUCAGUACAGUGAUGCUGCGGUGGAUCAUUUCCUCCAGCCAGGACUAUCACUAAAUAGCCGCGAGCGUUACGCGGCCCAGUCAGUGCAUACCCCGGUGAAAGUCCCAAAUUGGACACCGGCGACCGCACCCUAUCACGUCGCUCCCGGGUCCGGUAACGGCCCGGCACGUUGGCGAGGGCAGCAUGUGUACACUCCGCGGAGCUCGUGCAUCCAACCAACACCGACCAGCCGUUCCACGACCACAGCACCCUCUGCCUGUCACGCCAGCACCGUCUGGCGACGAAUUACCGAGACGCUGACGACCUGCUCACCCACGGUCUGCAUGCCAUCCUGCCUGAGUAUCUCAACGUCUCUCCUGCAAACUGUUGUCAAUACCAUGUGUGUCCUUACGACGCAGACGACCUACACGACGAAGACACUCGAAGUGACAUACAUCGGUCCCGACCAGUCGCAAUCCGUAAGUGAGAAGACAGUGGUCGGUUCGUCGUCGGCCACAUCAGCAUGCAGGAAUAUUGGCAUCCAGACGCCGGCGCUGGGCAGCGGUGUGACACUGUCGAGCAAUGGUAACCCGUGUUACGCCAUAACCGUGACACCCACCGUGGUGCAGAGCGACACCUGCACGCUGGAUGUGGGCGUGACCUCCUAUGGCCAGGGCAUCGGGACUGCCCCUAAUGGUAGACCGUCCGUUGAUGCUAACACAGAUGCACAAUUGGAUCCCGUUACCACCAGCGAGACGACUUGCACUUUCUAGUAAUGAUGUGUCAGCAAACAUGAUCAGUCAAACUGUGCUGGAUUUGGCUCAAUGGUACUCUACUUUGCUUUACUGAUUUUGUCGAUCGUGAGUUGCUGCGACCCUGUUGUCUGUAUUGCUCGUUCGGCGGCCUUCCGUGCAAUGUCGUGCCUAAUGGCUAAGUACGAAUGUGUAAAAAACAUGAAUAUGAACUUAGAGAGAUGACCACUUUAUAUCCGUGUUCGUCGGUUACUGUCAGCGAGUAUAACUAAGAAUCACGCGCCUUCUAA